AUGCGCGCCACGCUCGCGACCAGGGCCUCGCCCGAAGCCGCGGACGUCUUCACGGGAGGUUGCACCUGCCAGUUCACCAAAGGAGCCUCGGCACGCCGAUCACGAAUAGGCGGUCGCUUGCUCUCCGUUAUGGCUUUGCAAGCCGAACACGUCGCAUCGAUUUUUUUCGUGCUGUCAGACUCAGGAGCAGCUCAGCUCGGCGGUUGCCUUCGCGGCGCGGGCGCAGGCGCGGCUCUGCGCUUCGUGCAAGAGCCGCAGGACGCCGUGGCGGCGCCGGGCCAGCACGUGCUGCUGCCUUGCGCCGCGGAGCUGACGGGAGCCGGCGGCGCGGCGCUCGACCUGGGCGGCGGCGGAGCGGGCGGCGGCGCGAGCCGCGUGCUGCAGCUGCAGCGGCAGCUGGACAACGGGUCGCUGGUGAUCCGCGCGCCCAUCGACGCGGCCGCGCGCCACCUCGUGGAGGGCCGCUACCGCUGCGUGGCCGUGCUGGAGGCGCUGGGCACGCUCGUCAGCCGCGCCGCCUCCGUCCGCAUCGCAGGGCCGCCGCGGAUCGAGCGCGGGCCGGAGGCGGCGCGCCUGCUGCCGGGCCAGACGGCCUUCCUGCGCUGCGACACGCGCGGCAUCCCCGCGCCCAGCGUGCGCUGGCUGCGCGACGGUCGCCCGCUCAAGCUGGACGCCUCGCGCAUGGUGGUCCUGCCCUCCGGAGCUUUAGAAAUUUCUCAAGUGUGGCCAUUAGAUCAAGGCAGCUAUCAGUGUAAUGCAUCAUCUCUUCAACAGUCUCAGCUCAGUGCCCCUGCAGUUCUCAGUGUUGAUCAGGAUAGGGAACUGGACCCAAGACCAAUCCCACCAAGAUUUAUUGCUACACCACAUGCAUCUGUGGUGGCAACAGAAGGUCACAAUGUCACCUUAGAUUGUGCAGCUAAUGGACCUCCUGAGCCAGAUAUCUCUUGGCUCAAAGAUGGCAGUAGUAUAGACUUGAAAGAUAGAGAUAGCCGAUUUAUGAAAGUUGGUACUGGCAGUUUACGGAUUUCACAUGUGCAAGAGAAAGAUAGAGGAACAUACCAAUGUCGUGCUGGAAAUCGAGCUGAUUUAGUUGAUGCGACAACCACACUAGAAGUAGAAGUGCCUCCUAGAUUUGUUAAAAGGCCAAAGGACCGUGAAGCCUUUGAGAAAGAGGAUUUGGAGCUGGAAUGUUCUGUAUAUGGCAAACCUGAACCUAAAGUUUACUGGAUGAAGAAUGGAGACUUGAUCAAGCCAAGUGAUUAUAUGCAUGUUGUAAAUGGCAAUAAUCUCAAAAUCCUGGGUCUGAUGCGCCUUGACACUGGAAUUUUCCAGUGCCUUGCUAUGAAUCCAGCUGGCAAUAUUCAAGCAUCCGCAAGACUCCAAAUAUAUCCUCCUGCUUCAGAGUUAUCUGGUAACGCUAAUAACCCAUCCUCUGUAUUAAAUCCUGGUUCCAAUCUCAAACAUAACCGAGGGCCAUUCUUUCUUGACGAAAAUGACGAUGAUGAAGACAUUGAUGAUGACGGUGACGAAGAUAAUGACGAUGAUGACGAUUAUGACUAUAACUAUGAAGACAAUGAUGACUAUGAUGCGAGACUUGAUGAAGACAGCCUUGACAGAUUCUCCAAACUGAAGAAUCCUACCCCCUUAGCUCCACCUACUGAUGAUGCUGUCGCCCCGGUGAGAGACGUUCCAUCAGCACCAGAGGGAUUGACAGCAGUUAUUGUAGCCACACGAUUUGUCACUCUCAGCUGGAAGCCGCCUGCAAAUCCUCGUGGAGAAAUCUUGGUGUAUUCAGUAUAUUAUCGCAAGGAAGGAUCACCAAGAGAACGUAUUUUGAACACUACUCGGUCUCAGUUGGAAGAAGCUAAUAUUCCAGGACUGAUGCCUGAUAAGCUAUACCAUUUCAGAGUAGUUGCCUAUAAUGAACAAGGAGCAGGUGCUAGUUCGGAAACUCUGAGUAUACGUACAGAUCCUGAGGUGCAUGUCUUGGGUCCUCCUCGUUCACUGGCAGCUAUUCCAGUAUCGCCCAAUGCACUGCUUGUCAUUUGGCAACCUCCUGUUGAUGCUCCUGCUGGACCACCUCAGGGUUACAAGUUGUUCUAUAUGGAGGUUGGUUCUGCUGAAGAACAUCGAGUGGAAACACAGGAAACACAUUUCAAUUUGACAGGUCUUACACCAUACACUGAAUACAGUGUCUGGGUUAUAGCAUACAACCAGAACGGACAGGGUUCAAGUACAGAAGAAGUAACUGCCCGUACUUUGUCUGCUCCACCUUCAGACUGUCCACAAAAUGUGACAUUGGAACCUACAAGUUCAUCUAGCAUUCUUGUGAGAUGGGAACCCCCUCCUAAAGAAGGUCGGAAUGGCUUAAUAACUGGAUACAAGCUUCGCUUCCGCAAGCGGGAUCGACGAGGUCGGGGUGGUGAUGGAGCCAAUACUAUAAGUACACCAGGUGACCGGCGUUCACUCGCUCUUCCAGAACUGGAACGUGGAGCUCAUUAUCAGCCAGUUUUGGAUGUGUGUCCACAGGUGCGACUAUGGGCAAUGAAUGUAAAUGGUACAGGACCACCUACCGAAUGGUUCUCAGUUGAAACAUUUGAGAAUGAUUUGAUAGAAACCACUGUACCUGAUUCGCCUCAUGGUUUGAAAACCCGUGCAAUGGUCGACAGUAUUACUGUGUCCUGGAGCCCACCUCGUAAUCAGAACAUCAUGGUUCGUGGCUACACUCUUGGCUGGGGAAAAGGAAUUCCUGAUGUCUAUACAAAACUUUUAGAUGGGAAACAGCGUUAUUAUGUCAUUGAAAACCUUGAACCAACUUCUGAGUAUGUUAUCAGCCUUCGAGCAUACAAUGAAAUGGGAGAUGGGCCACCUGCUUACUCAUCUGUUCGAACUCUUGAUAAUAUAGCUCCGGAGCCCAUAACUCCUCUCCAUCCACCUGUAGGACUAAUGGCAAUUGUACUGUCUUCUCGGUCUGUUGUACUGUAUUGGACUGACACAACAUUAUCUAAGAAUCAGCAAGUUACAGAUAGCCGCUACUAUGUUGUACGAUAUACUUCUCAACACCAUGCUUCAAGUCCACGUUAUAAAUACUUCAAUGCAUCGGACCUCAACUGUAUGAUAGAUGAUCUUAAGCCUAAUACUCAAUAUGAGUUUACAGUGAAAACUGUUAGAGGCCGGAGAGAGAGUCCUUGGAGUAUGGUAGUUUUAAAUAUGACUCAAGAAGAUCAACCAUAUUCACCACCACGAGACUUGACUGUUGUACCUGUUGCAGAAAAUCCAACAAUGGUCAAUAUGAAUUGGCAACCACCUAAGCAGCCUAAUGGUCCUAUUACUGGUUAUCUCAUCCUGUACACUACUGAUAGCUCUCUACCAGACCGUGAAUGGGUUGUGGAGGGCAUUGUUGGUGACAGAAUGACAACAACAGUUAAGAGCCUGACUCCAGAAACAACAUACUAUUUUAAAAUACAAGCACGCAAUAGCAAGGGUUAUGGGCCUUUUUCUAGUGUUGUGUCCUUCACCACUGGUCCAAGCCGCAACUUUUAUGAUGCCGACACACGUGGAGCUCAAAUGCGUGAUGGAAGGGGUAUUCCACAAACAAUUGUUUAUAUUGUCAUUGGCUGCAGUGUAGUUGUGUUUACUGUUUUGGUGGGUCUUGGAAUCUUGGUUUGUUGCAAGAGGAGAUCAGCAGAACGCAGUAAAAAAGGAUACAUGAAAGGUGCUAUAAAAGGCAAGCCUGGUAAGCAAAACAUCAAGCCUCCAGAUCUUUGGAUUCAUCAUGACCAGAUGGAGCUGAAAGCUCUGCAGCAGCAGGCAGGUGUGAGUGGCAGUAUUGGAGGUCCCUCUGGAGAUGGAGGAGGUCCAUCAGGAGUACCCGCUACCCUCCCUCGCACAAGCCAGACAAUGGGUUCUAGUGAUUUUGAUCAAGAUCAUCAUGAUGGAACCAAGUUUCACAGUAAUUCACUGGACAAACGUGGAUAUGUCUCAUCGUAUAUAGGUCAACCAAUGGAUCCAAGUGCUGGGCGACCUGUGUAUCCUAGGACACAGUAUUCUAUUUCACGAGCACACGUUACCCUUGAUCCUGCUGCUGGUGCUACAGUGGCUGCUGUUGCCCCUGUAAGCAAUACUGUUCCCCCGGAAGGCCCUUACGCUUUACAAGGAGGUUACGAUGCUGUUGGUGUAGGUGGUGCCAAUACACAUGCAGUGCCGCUUUCAAUGCCACAGUCUAGCCAUCAGCAGCAUGCUGCACAAAUUGUGCCUCCUAGUGCAUAUGGUGCGGGGAUGCAGGCUGUAGGAGUCGCAGGUGAAGCAGGAGCCUCAGGAACAUUGGGAAAGCGAACCCAAGGCCAUCCACUGAAGAGCUUUAGUGUUCCUGCACCUCCUCCUCAAUCAGCCCCCUCCACACCCCAGCAAAAGCACAUUGCUGUUUCUUCGGUGACAAUCCGCCCGCAGGGUUCAUGUAGCCCCUAUAAGAAGGCAGGUCAUCUUGCCAGUGGGACAUCUGGAACAAGCACUCCACCUCCUGUAACCAUUCCUUCUGCUCCUGGCAGUGCUGGUAGCAAUAAAAGUGGGCGACCCACACCUGACAGCCAUGCUCAGAUGCAGCCAUCAUAUAGUACUGAGGAGCUCAAUCAAGAAAUGGCUAAUUUGGAGGGUCUUAUGAAGGACUUGAAUGCUAUAACAGCAUCUGAAUUUGAGUGCUGAGGUUGGCAUGCUGCUAAUUUUAGGCAAGAGUAUGGGGACACUCAAUAAGACUGGCCUAACUCAUCACAGAUAAUCUUUCAUGCUUAAAAUGGCCAUGAGUGGUUGUCGCUGUACCAGAGCUUAAAGCUUCAUGCAGUCACCGUAGUGCUGAAUCACUGGUUUCAUCGUCUCCAGUAGGCCUAGACUUCUCCACUUGUGGAGUCACAUGUGAAAUGAUUUUUUGUAUGUUUUAGCAAGCCGGAAGUUUUCUUGGUAGUUGAAAUUCAUGAAUAUGGCAUGCAUUUCACUUGAAAUAUGAUUUGUAAGACAUUUUCAAAAAAACUGAGAAUCUGGAAAUAUUCACUAUAUCAUGUAAUGCUAUUUUUGUAUGAAAUAUAAAAAUAGGGUGUUCCAAAAUUUUUUCUUGGAAUGACAACUUCACAAAAACAAUCACUGCCCUCAUAUAUAGUUGUUACUGUGAUCUAUUUGUGUAAUGAAUUGUAUGGAGAUACUGAGGGCAAACGGAAUUCUUGCGAAUCUGUUACUUCUGUGUUGACAGAAUACGUUAAUUUUUUUUUAUAAUUUAGCUUUGGAGAUCACAUAUCACCUGCAAUCACUUGCACUUUUCUGGAACACUCAUUCCAUAAGCGUUUAUAAGCUGUGGACUAAAAUGUGUGGUGUCUAAGAUGACCAGUAUAAAACAAGUUGAUAUAUGAAGAUAAUCAGUGAUUGACUUUCUGCAUUUCACAUGGGAACACACAUUGAGAAGCAGUGUGCUCAAGAAUCCAAGACUUGUGCCUGUGUAGAAAAAAUGCCUUCCUGAAUGAAAUUUUGACAAAAACUGGUUAUUUUGACCCUAUAAUUGUCAAAAAAAAUUUCUGUAAGAUAUCGUAUUUGUGUGUGUGUUGCAUAUGUGGUAUAGAAUUAGGAUUAUCUCUUCCUUUGAGAAGAGUGUGCCAUGUUUAUACAAGACUUUGUACCAUUGUUGAGUAGUGGUACUAUCUGAAUAUGUAUGUGAGUGUGUGCAUGUGUGUAUGAUAUCAAUAAGAGGGACAGAAACAAUAGCUGCAGCUUCUGCAAUCAAUACCCAGUGAGUGAAUGUUAAAUGUUUAUAUAAGUUUGCUCAUGGACAUCAAGAAAGUGUAUUAUUGAAGUUGAGAGGGAAUGGUGAAAUGGUAUGUCUGCAUUGAAUUUCACAAGAAGAAAGUUUUACUUAGUGUUUUUAUAUGCAUA